AUAGUAAAACAAUGCCUGGAAAUUAAAUUGCUGGAACCGGAUGCUAAAGCCAAGGCCCGUUCUUUUUCAUCCCCUGCCAACUCCAAACCCGCAUCGAUUCCUUUGCUGGACAUUGUUCGUUCCAGAAGCAAUGCCGGUAAGUCACAAUGUCAACUCGACCAUAAUACCCGCACUCUUAAUCCACAAGAAUGGCCCCAUCUACACGUUCCUUUCGGCCUUUCCCGUAAAAGAUUUAAGGAUCUCUCGACUGCUGAAUUCAUUUAUGGCUUCCUGGACGUCGUAAAACCAAAACACCGGACAAACAAGCACUUAUGA